AAUGAUAUUUGUAUAUGAACUCAGCAGAUAACCUGUGAUGUUUGACCUGCAACAAAUUAGCAUUCUGUGUGAAAGGUGUGUGCAGGUGAUAUUUCAGUAAUGUGGGGAGCAGCAGGCACUUCCUGCCGCCUGGCCCGAGCUGAACUGUCACGGCCAAUGGCGGCGCAGCGGGGGCGGAGACAGUCGGCACAUUAUAGAUACUCCAGCGUAGUAUCGCGGCCAGCAGCAGACGAGUCUCCAACUCAGUCUGCCGCACCUCAGGAUCCUCUGGUUCAUGGAGUGUACACUUUCCAUCCAAGUGCAACAACUGCUGGGGGUCUUCCCGACGCACUACUACGAGGGCUACAGCGUGGAGUUACAGAUGAAGUCUACAGAGGUGGACCAAGGGCUAUUCACAGACAGCUACUGCAAAGUGUGCAGCGCUCAGCUCAUCUCCGAGUCCCAGAGGGUGGCCCAUUAUGAGAGUCGGAAACACGCCAACAAAGUGCGGCUGUAUUACAUGCUACAUCCUGUGGAUGGAGGCUGCCCGGCCAAGAAGCUCAGAACAGACAAUGGCAGCGAUGAGAGCGACGUGGACAAGAACAAGUGCUGCACGUUGUGCAACAUGUCCUUCACCUCAGCAGUGGUGGCACAGUCUCACUACCAGGGUAAAAUCCACGCUAAGAGGCUCAAACUGCUGCUGGGAGAACAGCCUGCCAUCACAACCAAAGAGGCGUCCCACAGCGAUGUGAAGAACUCCCCAGAAACGUCUCCCAUGAUGUCACCGCGACAGCGCCGCGACUCAGAUCGCUACUGCCAGUUGUGCAACGCCUGGUUCAACAACCCCGGCAUGGCUCAGCAGCAUUACGACGGGAAGAAGCACAAGAAGAACGCCACCAGAGCUGAUCUGCUGGAGCAGCUGGGCCAGACCCUGGACAUGGGGGAAAUGAAAGGCCUGAAGCGGAGCUACACCUGCGAAGUUUGCGGCGUCACGCUCAACUCGGUGGCGCAGUACCACUCGCACCUGCAGGGCUCCAAGCACCAAAACAAUCUGAAGAAUCAGAUAUGUGUCCAGUGAGCGUGGGACGCUGACGAAAACACCAACUCCUGGAUUGAUGUCAGACAAGCUGUGGUCAGCUUGCCCUGCUUUCUCUGCCUCUGUCCUGCUCAUUCAGCCGCCUUAUCAUCAUUUCAGGUUGUUUUUUUAUUUUAUUUUACUUUUCUCUCUCUUUCUCUUUCUUCUUGCUCUGAGUAUUUCGGCUGCCCAGACCAAGAGGAGUUAUAAAGGAGUGUUUUUUUUUUAAUUAUUAUUAUUAUUAUUGUUAUUUGGAACAACUUUCGCAUGACCAUCUCCACUAUCAAAACAAGAGGAAGCGCUUCGCCCUCCGUCCGCAUCACCAGGCUGCUCUGACCGCUGAGCUCUGACGCUCCGUUGGAAACUCUGUUCGUUUGUUUACUUUUCCAUCUCUCAGUCUGACAGAAAGCAUCCGGGUGGAUCUUAUGCUCAACAGCUUCUCCAAAAAUGCAUGGACAAAGCUCUACUUUUUUUCAGUAGAACAUCGGAAACUUUAUGCUGAGCUUUGAACUGAGGAAAUGAGGGUUUGUUUGCUACUACUUGAAAGAAAUGAAACAUUUUUAAUUAUACAUUCGAUAUUAAAUAUGGCUUCUCCACUGUCUUUUUUUUUUUUUUACUCCCCAC